CUUCAUAACAGCUGAUUCUUACACAACAAUAACAACGCGUGCAGAAGAGGAAGGUGCUUGCGGCUUCAUCUCCCUCUCACUUUUAGAUAAUUCAAAGAAAUUAAUAACAAAUAAGACCUAAUUAUCCUCAAUAUGGACGGCGAAGCUAAUAAAGAGGCUUCAUUAAUGGGAAGAAAUCUGUCCGAAGUCCCCUGUUUUCGUGAGACUUUCCUCUACAGCAUCACCUCUGGAUUGGGUUCAGGGCUUCUGAACUUUAUGCUGACCUCGAGAGUUCAGCGAUCAGUACAAGUAGGACUUGGAGUGUAUACGUGUGUGACUCUUGGUUACUGGUCAUACUGCCGAUAUAAUUUUUCACAACAGAAAUUCAACGUGGGGCAGCUGCAAGUGGCAAUGCAAAAGCAAGCAUUGCUUGAAGGUACAGAAAUGGAAAAGAAGAUCAAAGGCUAAUUAAAUUUUUAUUGUGAAAUUUAUAAUAUUCUCUAUCUUUUGUCAAUGUAAAUAAUGUAAAUAUUUUUGUUUUUUAUGUGCUGCAUGUACAUUUUAACGUAAAAAUACAGCAAUGCCAUCUCUCCAUUGCUUCUUAAUGGACUGUUAACUGUAAUUUAUUGUUUUAUCAGAGGUGUGUGAGAAAAUUACCAGUCCACUUUCCCUACCUGUACUUUCCCUACCUGCUGUGAGGAGUCGAUUUUGCAAGAGCAUGAAUAGCCAUGUUUUCCAAAUAUUGUCACUUGUAAUGGAUACUUGGGUAUGGGAAUUUAUUAGAUAAUGAGUAAGCUCAGAUUUUUUUUUUUUUUAAGGAUUAAGUAAAAUUAUUGUAUCCUUAGUUGGAGAAUUCUACUCUAUAAAAAUGUAUUUAUUUAUUUAUUUGUUUGUUUGAAUUAAUGAUACUAUUGGGGAGUUAUGAAAUAAAAGGAGUAUUACAGCAUUGUUUUACCAGUCCCUAUUAAAUAAAGGAGUACAAGAUUUUGUU